AUGGGGAGCUGCUCCUGCUCGAGCUCUUGUGAAUACUAUGGAACCUGCUGCAGUGAUUACUACUUUUACUGCCAGUCUACUGUUGAGCCUACUACAGUUCAACCCUCAUGUCGUUACAACUGUGGCAGUUCCCUGGGAAGCUGUUCCUGCUCAAGCUCAUGUGAAUACUAUGGCAACUGUUGUCAAGACUACUACUCCUACUGCUUAGUCACAACUGAGGAGCCAGGCACAGGGUCAUGUGGAGGCAAUCUGUUUGGCUCCGGCAGUUUCUCCAGCCCCAACUAUCCCAACUACUAUAAUGACAAUAUCUACUGCGUCUGGCAGCUCACGGCUGCAUACAACCAAAGAAUCUUUCUGCAAUUCACAUUCCUGCAAUUGGAAAACUGCUGCUCCUGCGACUACAUUGCAAUCUAUGAUGGGCCAUAUGUUAAUUCACCAUAUUUGGGCAAAGUGUGCAACAACAGUCUGACCUCUUUCUUCUCCUCUUCCAACUACAUGACUGUGGUCUUCCAGACUGAUGGUUCAGUGGUUGGUCGAGGGUUCAGUGCUGAGUUCAUGAGCGCUUUGAAACCAAACUCAGGUCGAGUGGACUGCUCCUCGGAAAACAUGAACAUUGUGAUUGAGAGAUCUUACCUGAACUCUGUGGGUUAUGAUGGUUACAGUCUGUACCUGAAUGACCCACACUGCAGACCCCAGGUUUCCACAUACCAGGUGGUCUUCAGUUUCCCCCUCAACACUUGUGGCAACAUAAGAGAGUUUGACAAUGGCAGAAUUGUGUACACCAACAGUAUUCGUGCCUACACCUCCAGCUAUGGAGAGAUCACACGCCAGUCUAACUUUAAGAUGAACAUCAAAUGCCAAAUGGAGCAAGACUCAGUAUCUCAGAUUUUUUAUCUUGCCCGUGAAGUAGAAAACACCACCAUAACAGGCACAGGCAGAUACAAUACCAGCAUGGCUUUCUACACAUCCAGCAGCUUCUACUAUAAGGUGACUGACUUUCCUUAUGAGGUAACACUCAACCAGAACUUGUUUAUCAAAGUGGACAUGGGGCAUGGUGACAGCAGUCUGGUCCUCUUUAUCGAUACCUGUGUGGCCUCACCGUCACCCUUUGAUUUCCAGUCAAGACCUUACUACUUGGUUCGCAAUGGAUGUCCAAUAGAUAACACCUACUAUGCCUACACUACUGGCUCCCACCCGUAUGCUCGUUUCACAUUUAAGGCCUUCCAGUUCUUGCAGGCCACAAACCACGUGUACCUCCAGUGCAAGGUCCUGAUAUGCCCAGCCUCGGACUACAACUCCCGCUGCCGUCGUGGCUGCAACAAGCGAAUGGGCAGAGAUGUGGGGUUAGGACAUGAGAGCGAAACUCUGGUUGUGGGUCCCAUUCAGCUCAAAGACAAAAAGGAAGAGGAGACUGAUGAGCAGAAAGAGACUUAA